GAGAUUACAGGUGACGCGGUGUUUGAUUUUACGGGAACUGAUGAAGAAGUAUACGGCAACUGCAACGCACCCACAGCUGUCACACUUUCAGCCAUUAUAUAUAGUUUGCGUUGUCUAGUGGGACACGACAUACCCCUAAACCAGGGUUGUCUCACUCCUAUUCAAGUUAUAAUUCCUGACAAUUCUAUUCUUUCGCCUUCAGAAGAGGCGGCAGUUGUCGGAGGAAAUGUAUUGACAUCUCAGAGGGUAACUGACGUUAUUCUGAAAGCCUUCGGAGUCUGUGCCGCAUCCCAGGGAUGUAUGAAUAAUGUAACCUUUGGUGAUGAGAGGAUUGGAUAUUACGAGACAAUCGCGGGCGGGUCGGGAGCCACAGCAACCUGUAAUGGCCGAAGUGGUGUUCACACACAUAUGACUAAUACACGGAUUACAGACAUUGAGAUUCUAGAAAAACGAUACCCUAUUAUAGUUCAAAAGUUUACUCUAAAUCCAGGUUCGGGUGGAAAGGGAAGAUUCAAUGGAGGGAAUGGUGUUAUUCGUGAGCUUAUG